GACUGAAUCAAAUAGUCGUUGCGAUUGGAUACAUCUGUCGUGCGUGUUGGGGAUUUGCGUCGACUCGUAUCCUCCUUUUAUUUAGACCUUUUUGUGAUUCUGUGUAUUAUACACUGUACUAAUACGCUAGCACAAUUCCCUCUGACUCUUGUUCAUCAAGUACAACAAUGUCCCAGGAAAUAGACAUCAGAAGCCUGAGAGCCGAAUUAAAAGAACAUGGACAGGAACAUAUUUUAAACUUCUGGGAGGAUCUGAUGCCCGAUGAGCAGCAAAAGCUGUACAAUGACAUCAAAAACACAGACUUUGCCGAAGUUAAUAUGUUUUUCAAAGCUUCAAAUAACCAAGAGCAAACAGAAAGAAUUGAUGAACGUAUGGAACCCAUCCCGUCUGAACUGUUUGGAUCGGUUACAAGAGCUGGAAAGAAACUUGAACAGUGGAGGGAAAAAGUAAUAACAAAUUAUCUCCUCACUGUUUUCAAGGUUGUAGAGAAAGCCUACCCAACGGAACCAGUGGGGGUUGUCUGUAAAGUUGAUGGAAAGUACAAAGUGGUUGAGUACAGUGAAAUCACUUUGCAAACAGCUGAAAAGAGGAAUGAAGAUGGUCGCUUGAUGUUUAGUGCUGGCAAUAUAUGUAAUCAUUUUUUCACAAUUGAUUUCUUGCGUCAAGUUGUAAGUGAACAUGAACCAUUCCUAAAGCACCAUAUUGCUACAAAGAAGAUUCCAUGUGUUGAUGACAAUGGAGACAGGACAACACCAGAAAAAGUCAAUGGAAUCAAGAUGGAAAAAUUUGUGUUUGAUGUCUUUGAAUUUACCAGUGACUUUGCAGUAUUUGAGGUUUUGAGGGAAGACGAGUUUUCACCAUUAAAGAAUAGUUGUAAAGCAGAAAAAGACAAUCCCACCACAGCAAGACAUGCUCUGUAUUCAUUACAUCAUCGUUACAUUUUAAAUGCUGGCGGAAAGUUUGUUGACAAAGAUGGAUCAAAGAUUCCAGCCAUUCCAAGUCGAAAAGCAAGUGAAGCAGAAGCCUACCCAGUUGUCUGUGAAAUAUCCCCCUUGUUGUCGUAUGCUGGUGAGGGUUUACAAGAAUUCUGUAAUGGUCAUACAUAUUCAACUGGUGUGGUACUGACAGAACAACUACUACGCGAAAGAGAUGACAAGGGUCAAAUCAUUCAUGACUAA